AUGAAGCGGACGCGGCCCAUGGUCAUGUUUUUCCAGGAGAACGCGGGCAACAUGUCGCACCGCCUGCCGUUCCUGCGGCUGGUGGCGACGCAGCUCCAGGUGCCCAUCUUUGCGCUGAGCUACCGGGGGUACGGCAUGUCGGAGGGCGUGCCCAAGCAGCCAGGCAUCAUGCUGGACGCGCAGGCCGCCCUCGACCACCUCUGCGGCCGCGACGACGUGGCGACCGGCCGCAUCGUGCUGUUCGGCCGCUCCCUCGGCGGCGCUGUCGCCAUCCACCUGGCUGCGGAGAACCAGGGCAAGGUGGCCGGCCUCAUUGUGGAGAAUGCCUUCAUGUCGGUGGAGGAUAUGGCGGCGCAGGUGCUCCCGCCGCUGGGCCUGGUGAUAGGCAGCGGCCGCCCCCUGAACUGGCUGGUUACCAACAAGUGGAAGAACAUUGACGCGCUGCCGCGGGUCACGGACGUGCCCUUGCUGCUCAUGGCGUCGCGGCACGACGAAAUGGUGCCCUUCAGCCAGAUGCUGCGACUAAAGGACGCCGCGCGCGCCAACACCCUGGAGUGGGUGGAGUUCCCGGACUCCCAGCACAUGGACGCAUACAUGACUAAUCAGGAGCUGUACUGGCCGGCCCUGCGGGACUUUUUGGCAGCCCACGUUGUCACGCGGCGCGGGACAGGGGCGGGCUCGGCGCGCGGCAGCGGCGGCGGCGGCGCGGCGGAGGAGGGGGAGGGCGAUGCGGCGGCUGCUGCGUCCGCUGCAGCGCGCGCGGCAGCGGGAGAGGCGGCGGCGGCGCGGGCGGCGGCUGCGGCGGCUGGCACGGCGGAUGGCGGCGGGGCCGGGGCAGCAGAAGGUGACUCGUGA